AAAUGAGUCGUCUAUUAUCAAAGGUGGCAAUCUGUGCAUUUGGACAAAAAAAAAUUAUUGAUAUGUCAAUACAGAUUGAUUUGAAUAUAAUCGUCUCCUUCAAAGAAUACGGUUCAAAACCUGCAUUAAAUAAAGGUUAAUAGUUAACCUGUUAUUUAUCUAAGAUGUCGUUCCGAAGAGUUUUGUGACUGCCGAUGGAAUACAAAGUCAAUAAUUCGUUUUUCUGAUUUACCAAUCAUUGUCCAAAAGUCAGAUUGCCGCCUUUGAUAAUAGUCGACUCAAAUGACAAGUUCAAAAUCAUGAAUGGUUUUCUUGCUUCUUCUCUUGCUUAUCAGGAACUUAGUUAAAUAUCAAUUACAAAUUUCCCCCGAACAACGAGCAUGCAAUGGGCUUUGGGCCCUUCCUUUUAAUUCUACUAUGGGAUACUGACUCACUUGAUGAUAAACAUGCGAUCACCACUGAUUCAACACAUCAGAUUGGCGCACAGCAGCAGUCGACCUUAUUGGAAGAAAAAUCCACACCUUGACCAGAUAAUCCGAGUGGAUCACGCCGGUGAAUUGGGCGCGGACCGCAUCUACGCGGGACAAAUGGCAGUCUUGGGCCGCACAGCUGAAGGACCCCUCAUCCAGCACAUGUGGGACCAGGAGAAGAAGCACAGGGAGAAAUUUGAGCAGCUCAUCAAUGAGUACAGAGUGAGACCUACUGUACUCACUCCGAUAUGGAAUGUGGCAGGAUUUGUAUUAGGAGCUGGCACAGCGCUCCUCGGCAAAGAGGCGGCCAUGGCCUGCACCGUCGCCGUCGAAACGGUAAUCGUUGACCACUACAACGACCAGCUGCGUACACUGAUGCAGGACCCAAACGUGGACAAAGAGAUCCUGGAGACGAUCACCAGGUUCAGGGACGAGGAGCAGGAGCACCACGACGCGGGGCUGCAGCACGGCGCCGAGCAGGCCCCCGGCUACCGCGCGCUCACCGAGCUCAUCAAGGCGGGCUGCCGGGCCGCCAUACAGCUCUCCAAGAAGAUAUAGGACCGGGCGUCACGCAGAGCGGCAAUACAAAUAAUAAACGAAACCUUGUAAAUAUUGUACAUACGUCGUGUGGGCGCCGCCGCCAGCCGAUAGCGUAGUCGUCAGUGAACUUGAAAAUCACAUAUAACGGAUUUUUUUCAAGGCAUCAUCUACUAACUAAGGAAACACUGGCUUCAAAAUAUUGUCUAUCUUAUUUAAUUAGAUUCUGAUACAGUUAGAGAGCUAGCGGGCCCGGCACUGCCUCGGCAAUCUAGACUAUUUAGGAAAAGUGGCGUUUGAAAAACAUCUAAACUAAAUACAAUUUUAAACAUAUGAUAUGGUAUAUUAUAUCAUUCGCCCAGGACUCCCACUGGGUUCCGCCACUUGUGCGUGUGGCGUCACCGAGAUUGUUCAACCCGGGACUGCACAGUCCUGGGACUGUCCGGGCUAUCGGGGCUGGUGCUGACG